AUGUCUGACCUCGUGGAGAAUGAAAACUCUAGUGAAAGUGAAAGAAAUGUUCAAGAAAAAGAACAAGAACGUGAGUGUUUUAUUUGUAAUUUGCCAGGUGAUCCUAUUGAUAACCGGAUAAAAUGUCUGUCAAGCGCAAUUUUAAAAAAUUGCAUCGAAGCAAUUGAGGUUAGGAGUAAGCAACAGUCUAACACCUCCAGAAGAUCCAUUGAUGUUGCUUCAAUUCAAUUGCCUAAAGAUCUUGAGGAAAAAGGAUACCAUCAAAAGUGUUAUAAACAAUUAACAAACUUAUCCGGCAAACGAAAAAUAGAAGAAAUUGUUGAUCCCGACGCCAACGAGAAUAAUCCAAGACAAUUUUUAUUGGAAGAGUAUGAUAAUCAGAAGUUACCUAAGUGUUUUGACACGUCCAAUAUACAGAGUGAAAUUUUACAACAUUUCAAGGACGCUGUCAUCUUUAUUUACAAUCGUGGAUGCAAACACGUUGUCUCUGCUAGUGCAACUCUAGAAAAUAUUGAUAUGACGUACGUGAAUGAAGAAAACACUAUUAAUUCUUCAGCGUUAUUCCUGCGCAAGAUUGUUUUAGGAGUUGAAAAAAAUCCAAUCAAUGACAAUGUAACUGCGCCAAAAUUCAUCAAAGGUGAAUGUGAAAUUCCAUAUGCUCUAUUACGUUUUUAUAGUCUUUUGUUAACUGGAGGUGACGUGGAUAAAAUAAAAGACCCGAAAGUGUUGGUCUUAGCCAAGUCUUAUGCUUCUGAUGUUAUCUAUACUAUUCACAGAGGAAGAGUUAAGACAUCCAAACAUAUAACUCUUGGAAUAACAGUCAAAAGUUUGAGUAGUAGUGAAAAGCUUCUACGUCUCUUACAUUCCUACGGACAUUGCAUUUCGUACUCGAAAGUAUUAGAAUUGGAGACGGAAGCAACCUAUACUAUAUCGGAAACAGAGAAGGUAUGCCCUGCUGAUCACGCUCCACGAGUUGACAUAUCUUCUGAGGAAAGUAACGAUGGUAUUGGAAGUGACCAGCCUCGUAGAAAACGAUUCCGCAGACACUACGAAGCCGAUACUCUCGUUAUACUACCACUUACAGAAACUCCAAAGUUUGAAGGAACUCUCCAAUUACCAGCAAAUGUUAAUACACCUACUAAUUUAGAAGAAGCUAGAAGGUUAGAUAGAGUAUGGAUGAUAAGUCAUGCUUUGAAUAUACCUACACCAAUGUGGGUAGGAUUUAACGCUUUAAUUGCCAAUGACAAAAAUAUUAUUCAAGAUAUAUUUUAUUUAACCCCUAUCAAUAAAACACCUACCAAGGAUUACGUGGUACAUGAAACUAUGAUGCGGAGUAUCAAAGGUGCUGAAGAAUGCCAACAACAGUACGCACAGGUACAUUAUGAUUUGGCCAUAGCUAGUAAAUCGUUGAAAAUACAAAAUUCUGAGCUGAGAAGAAAUGAGGACUCAACAUUGAAACGCAUUUUUGUUCACUUGGGAACUUUCCACAUAGCAAUGUCGCAGUUCAAAGCGAUUGGUAAAUACAUUGAAAAUUGUGGUUUAUCGGAAAUUUUAAUUGAUUCUGGUUUAUUGGCAAGCGGAUCUGUAAACUCAUUUCUUAUGGGGAAGCACUUCAACAGAUGUAAACGCUUACAUCCUCUUAUGUCUGUUGCUAUUGAAAGAAUGCAUUUCAAAUUUUUCACAGAGAAAGAAAAUGUAAUAGUAAGCGAUGAGUGUUUACUCUUCUUGAAAGCUUUUCAAAAUAGGAAAGGUGAAGAUAUUAGUGGAAAAUUAGUUACAUACCCUACAGUAGAUAAUGUUGAUGUUAUAAAUAUAUUAUCUAAAUAUGAAGACUUCCGUAGAAAAACGUUAAGUGGUGAUCAUGGAAGUACACCGAAAUUCUAUCUUACUUAUGUUGAAAUGGUUAGCAACUACUUUCUUUUCGACCGAAGUAUUCGCACAGGUGAUAUCGAUUUUUACAAAUAUACUUUGCCACUCAUUACCAAUCUAUUUUUUGUCUUCAAUCAUCAAAACUAUGCUAGGUACCUCACUUUAUACCAUUGCAACUUGGAAAAUGUGGAACAGUCGCAUCCUGGAUUGAAUGUCGUAGUAGGGAUAAAAAGAACUAAUAAGCCUUUUUCCAAGCGAGAAGUAGACUUUACUGUUGAAAGUACGAUCAACGCUGAUGCUGCUAAACGAUCAACUGGCAUUGCAUGUAUGAAGAACUCAAUAUCUGCUCGGCAAAGGUGGAGCAAAAGCCAUGCUCUACGAACGGAAAUUAUCUCUCACGUACUCACCGAAGUGCUAAUGAAAAAAAGAGAAGAGUUUACAAAUGAUUUGAGGAAAAGCAAAAUAGAAAAAAGUCAACUACAAAUACAACAGUUUGAAGACAGUAUUAACAAUCGUUUGAAUCCAUUUUCAUCUUCAUUAAAAGAUAACUUGUUAUACAAUAUUAGUAAUGGACAGUCUGCAAGUCAUGAAGUCCAUAAAUUUCUAAUGAAUGUUGUGGAAAUUGGAGAAGAGCAAAGGAAAAAAUUUUCAGAACAAUGCGCAUCAAAUCCACAUCGAUUUGAACAAUCUAUCCAGAGAAAUGUUAUUCAUACUUUCAAAGCCAAGAAAAUAGUGAAACGUCAAGAUGGAAAGGUGACAGAAGUUAAACUACACAGGGAUUUAUUUGGAAGAUUGUUAGGUAUAUCUCUACAACAAAAUGUUGACAUUGAGAAGGUUCUGGAGUACCCUCUGACCCCUGUUUCACUAUCAUUAUGUCAUAUGGAUGGAACCAUUAAUAAAACAGAUAAAUCGAAGCUGGUAAAACCUUUGAUAGAUAGAGAAAAGAUUGUUGAAAGUAUUCCUAAGGAAUUGGAUGUCGUGAUUAUUGAUGGAUUUUUUUAUCUCUAUACUCUUCGAGACAUACCUUCUACCUUUGGCGCUAUAAGUUAUAAUUUGCUCCGUAAUCUAACAAAUCACGUGGCUACGGAAAUCCACGUGAUCUUUGAUACUUACCCAACACCAAGCAUAAAAGAUUACGAGCAUUCUAUACGAGAUAAUUUAAGAAAUGAUGAUUUCGUUAUCGAAGGACCUCAAACGAAACGUCCGGCAAAUUUCAUAGCCGAAUUAAAGAACAUUAAAUUCAAGCAAGCAAGCAAAAAAGUGGCAGAAUCUGUCGUUAGCGAAGUGUCUGAAAAGUAUACCUGCAGUGCUCACGAAGAAGCUGAUACAAAAAUAGUGUAUCAUGUUUGCGCUGUUGGGUCAAAUACAAACAUUUUGAUCAAGUGUUCCGAUACAGAUAUUCUCGUAAUAUUAUUAUCUAAUAUGAAACAAAUCUUAGUAAAUGUGGGCGAGAAUCAGUUCAAUGUCGAUCGCAAAAUAUGGAUGCAACUCGGAACCGGUAACCACGUGAAAAACAUUGACGUUUGUGCUGUGUACAGAAACUUGGGCGAAAAUCUCUGUUCUUCGUUGGCUGCAUUCCAUGCUUUUACGGGAUGCGACUUCAAUCCCGCAUUUUAUAGGAAGGGUAAAACCAGACCAUUGAAAGUAUUGGAGAAAUCAGGGAAGUUCCAAGACGCAUUCAUUAAAAUGGGGCAUAAUAUGCUUGUUGCAAAUCCACUACUCAUGGAACAAACUUUCAAUGUUCUGCAAGAAUAUGUAUGCGUUUUAUACAACGUAAAAGCAAGAAAAACAGUCAACGAAGCAAGGUGUAUUAUAUUUGAAAGGAUUUAUACGCCGAAAAGUAGUAAUGAAGCUUUCAAAAAGACAGCUAUGAAAUUGGAAGCAACGUCGUUUCCCCCUUGUUUCCGGGAGUUAGAGCAACAUCUGAAGAGAAGUACCUACAUAGCACAGAUUUGGUGUAAUGCCUACAAACAAGUACCGUCGACCUUGUUUCCAAUGAACUAUGGAUGGGUUGUUAAUGACGGUCGGUACGAUUUCGAUUGGUUUCACGGCGAGGAAUGCCCCCAAAAAGUCUGUGACAUAACGGAACCGGAUGAGGAAUCAGGCGAAGAAGAUGAUGACGUCAUUGAAAAUAAUAGAGAAGAUAAUUCGGACGUCGAUGAAGACGUUGAUUCCGAUAACAACUCAGCAACUGAUUCCGAUACUGAAUAA